CAACUGAAGGAAAAAGGGAACUUCAGGGAUGUUGUUGACCUUUUGAAAUCUUUUGGGGUUAAAUUGGCCAGAUAAUUAAAUUUAUGGAAUGAAAAUUCUAUUUAGUUACUCGAGGGAUUUUACUUGCAAUUAACUCAAAAAUCAACAGGCUCACAACGACACCGUAUGUGGGUAGAAGGAUUAAAAAAUUAGUGACGCGGCCGUCGUCUCCGGCGAUUUUCAUCCUGGUGGUACUGCUGCUUCCCUCCAGUGCACUGAGAGUUUUGCUUAUUUUUAUUCCUUUGCCAGUCAUUUGUAAUUUUACAGCAAACAGAUCCUAAAAUUUACUAAGCUAUUUCCUUUACUCCCAACCAUUUUUAAUUGGAGGAAAGAUGAACAACAUUCCAAUGUUAAGGAUUUGCUGGAUCAUCUUCGUAUUAUUCACGAUCACCAGCAGAUUGUCUGCUUCCAAUCCCAAUCCCGUCCUCCUUGGUGUUUCCCCGCAAGAUGAGAGUUACUACAAGGGAAUUUUGUCAUCUUCGGCCACCUUCGUUAAAUGUAAAGAUGGAUCCAAAAAAUUCUCAAAGUCUCAGCUCAAUGACGAUUUCUGCGACUGUGUUGAUGCCUCCGAUGAGCCCGGGACUUCAGCUUGCCCCAAUGGGAAAUUCUAUUGCAGGAAUCCUGGACAUAUACCUGUCUACCUGCAUUCUUCAAGGGUUAACGAUGGUAUCUGCGAUUGCUGCGAUGGGAGUGAUGAGUAUGAUGGUAAAGUCAACUGUACAAACACUUGUUGGGAGGCUGGCCAAGUGGCUAGAGAUAAGUUGAAGAAAAAAAUCGCCACCUAUAAGGAAGGUGUCACCAUACGCAAACGAGAAGUUGAACAAGCAAAAGUUGCCAUAGCUAAAGAUGAGGCUGAAUUGUCGAAGUUGAAGAAUGAAGAAAAGAUUCUUAAGGGACUAGUCGAACGGCUUCAGGAGCAUAAAGAACAAAUCGAAAAGGCAGAAGAAAAGGAAAGAUUGCAAAAAGAGAAAGAAGAAAAGGCUAAAAAAGAAGCUGAAGAAGCCGCAACUGUGAAGGAAAAACAAACAGGUGAAGAAGAAGCUAAAAGUUCCGAGGAAGAGACUGUUGAGGUUGAUACAGAGGACAAAGUUGGCUUAUUGGAAGACUCUACUUCAUCACAGGAUGUAGUGGGAGGCCAUGACAAUCCCAAGAGUGAACUUUUUGGUGGAGAUCACACUGUGGAGGAAGAAUUACCAAAUGCUAAUAUAGAACCUGUGGAAAAGGAAUAUUUCCAGGCAGCCGAGGGAGAUGAUGAGUUUUCAGUUGAAGAGAAACCAAAUGUUGAUGUUGGAGAUGAUCUGGAAAAGAAAACUGCGGAUAUGAAAUCAUUAUCCAAGGAGGAAUUAGGUCGUCUUGUUGCCUCUCGUUGGACUGGGGAAAAGACUGAGCAGGAUAAAAAUGAAGAGGUCGUUCAUAAUUCCCUGGGUGACAAUCAUGAAACACAGGAAGAGAAUAGCUAUGUAGAGGACAACACAUAUGAUUCCGAGGAGGAUGAGCACAGGUAUGAUCAUGAUGAUGAUGAUAAUGAAGAACCAAUGGAUGAUUUGGGCGACAUGGAUCAUGAUGAUGGUUCGAGCUCUUCUGAUAAAUUUGAGUCAGAUGAUGAUUUUGACCUAUCAGAUGUGGGCAGUACGACUAAAUCAUCUUGGUUGGAGAAGAUUCAAAAGACUGUAAGACAAGUUCUUCGGGCUGUAAACCUAUUCCAAACUCCAAUUGAUAAAUCUGAAGCUGCACGUGUUCGCAAAGAAUAUGAUGAGUCUAGUGCAAAGCUGUCUAAAUUACAGUCCAAGAUAUCAAGUUUGUCGCAAAAGCUAAAACAGGACUUUGGACCAGAGAAAGAGUUUUAUUCAUUCUAUGGUCAAUGUUUCGAGACCCAGCAAAACAAGUACACUUACAAACUGUGCCCAUAUAAACAAGCAUCUCAGGUGGAAGGUCACAGCACAACUCGUUUAGGGACCUGGGAAAAAUUUGAGGAUUCAUUUAGAUUCAUGCUUUUUACGAACGGUGACAAAUGUUGGAAUGGGCCAGAUAGAAGUUUGAAGGUGAAGUUAAGAUGUGGUUUGAAAAAUGAGAUCACUGAUGUUGAUGAACCAAGCCGAUGCGAGUACUUGGCGUUGUUGUCUACUCCAGCUCUUUGCCAAGAGGAAAAGCUCAAGGAGCUAGAAGAUAAACUAGAUAUGAUGAACAAGGAACAGCCUACUGGCCAACACGAUGAACUUUGAAAUAAAAUCUGAAUGUUUUUCUUUUCCUGAUAUCUGAGAUUUUGCCUGAGGAUGCUGCCUAUCCCUUUCCUUAUUUGGUCGGAGAUGCAUGAAGCAGGCAGCCUACUUCGUUUGUCUAGAAAAUUAGUAGACCCUUAGGGCGGGCUUCGCUCAGAAUAUUUAUUGCAGUUCAGACCGAAAGGAAUGCCUUUAGUUAAAGAGGAAAAGAAAAAUUUUGUACUAGCAGUUUAAACGUCUUCUUCAAAAUUUAGAGAACUACAGCAAAAAGGAUGCUAAUUAUAAAAUACCAAAAAUUUCUGUUUGUCUUUUCAAUUUUUUUUUGCCCGAACAAAAGUCUUUUUGAUUGUCUUUCAUUUGUUUUUGAUUGUUUUGAGUAUUGAUGGAUCCCAC